CCGGCUGCCGCGGUCCCGGGUGACAUGCAGUCCCUUAUCUCUCCGGUGACCAAAGCGAUUCUGGUGGCUUUGUUCAUCUUUGCCAUCCUCCUGAUCCUCUAUGUUAUCCUUUGGUAUAUCUGCCGCGAUGUGGAUUGCGACCACGGCAUCUGAGUCGGGCUGCGGGGCAGCCUUGGAGCUGGAGACUGCUUGACAGUGGAGUCUCUUAAGGGGGGGAAGGGGCUUGAUAAAAAGAGAGCCAGACCCAGGAGAAGAGAGCUCGGGUUAAAAGAAAGAAAGAGUGAGAGAGGUGGAGGGAACGGACGGUGGUGGAGCCAAGGGAAAAAGGAGACAAGGUGGGCAUGAGGGUGGGGGAAGAAAGGGAGCAGCCGUCAACCCCUCGGAUCCGACAACCUGGUCGAAACCUGGCAGGCGAGAACUACAUCUAAGCACCGGCGACCUGGAAUUGACCUUCAGACAGCAGGGUGACCCUGUGCCCAGUGAGGGACUUGAAAGCUCUGGACAGUGUGGAGUCAUCCCUUGCCCUACUACACCACGGGCGCAGCACAGACAGGCAUACAUGGUGCCACCAAGGUGCCAUGAUUCUGAUGUGGAGGGACGCCUUUGAGGGAUGGAAGGGGGAGGCUUUGGCCUUGCUCCUGGGACUGCCAUGUCAACAAGAAUGCCAAUGAUGCUAUUUUGUGGGGAUGAGGGUGGGGUGGACACUAUAUGGAUUGAGGCCAUCAGCAGCCAUCACCCAUCUCACCAAAUAGUCCAAUGAGAACUCAUGGUCCCUCUCAACAGCUGGGGCCAAGGCCUCCAUCAUAUCUCUUUGCUGGUAUUCUGAGCCAUCCCACCUGGCCUGUCUCUCUUGUGGAGUCUUCAUCAGCCUCUUCCUUGCUUGUGCACAGUACUGAACCAGCAGGGCUCUCUGUUUAAAAUAUCUGUGAGGCAGCUUUGUGGAGAUUUUUACUUUUACAUACAUGACUAGAGAAGUCCUGAGGACAAUCGGCAUCAAAUUGUAACAUCUAUAAGAUUUUUCUUCACAACAUGGAAGAGUUGCUAUAGUGACAGGAGGGCUCUGUGGAAUUGGCUUUUCUACUGCAAAACAUUUGGCAAAACUUGGCAUGCACGUCAUAAUAGCUGGAAAUAAUGAGAGAGAAGGCCAAGAAGCUGUAAAAAAAAUAAAGGAAGAAACUUUGACCUCCAAAGUGGAAUUUUUAUUCUGUGACCUGGCUUCCAUGAAGUCCAUUCGACAGUUUGUUAAAGAAUUCAAGAAAAAGAAUUAUCCUCUUCAUGUGCUAAUCAACAACGCUGGAGUUAUGAUGAUUCCUCAGAGAAAGACCAUAGAUGGGUUUGAAGAACAAUUUGGUGUGAACUACUUGGGACACUUCUUGUUGACAAAUCUCCUCUUGGAUAAACUCAAGCAGACAGGCUCUCCAAGCCACAAUGCAAGAGUCAUAACAGUCUCAUCAGGCACCCAUUAUGUAGGAGAACUGAACAUGGAUGACCUACAAAGCAGGCAUUGUUACUCACCUUGCGGAGCCUAUGCCCAAAGCAAGCUCGCCCUGGUACUUUUUUCCUAUCAACUACACCAGCUCCUGGCAGACGAAGGGAGUCAUGUGACUGCCAACGUAGUAGACCCUGGAGUAGUGAACACUAACCUCUACAAGCAUGUCUUUUGGCUUACAAAAUUGGUGAAGAGGCUUACUUAUUGGUUGUUGUUCAAGACUCCAGAUGAAGGGGCAAUCACAUCUAUCUAUGCAGCGGUUGCACCAGAGCUAGAAGGAGUUGGUGGGCGUUACCUUUGUCAUGAGAAAAUCAUUAAAUCUUCUAAUGUAACCUAUGAUGAGGACCUACAGAAGAAGCUCUGGGCAGAAAGUUGCAAGAUGGUCGGAAUACCUAAUGUGAUCAACAAAGUCAUCUCAACCUAAUUGUCUCCUCUUUGGAAUCGAGUAAAUCUCCAUAGUCUCAUGUAUUUCAAACACAGUGUAUGCUGACCCUGUAAAAUUGUAUUUUUCAUAUGGACCUUGUGGCUUUGCCCUAAAGAUUAAUGAGUGCCACUCUGCCAAUAAGUCCCCUGAUUUCUUCAAUUUUUAAUGUAUUUUUAAUUUUGUCAUGGUGGCUACAGCCACUCCAUCCUUGCCUGCCCAUCCUGUGCAAUUCUUGUCAAUGUUCUCCAAUAAAUCUGCAGAUCUACCAAGGGAUCCAUGGUUGGGGGGAGGGAGGGAAACAUUCCAUCCACUGUGCUAGGUGCCUUCCUCUAGUUCUCUUGCCAAUGCAUGAAAACCAGAGUGGGAGAAAGAAUCCUCACACGGAACUGGGUAGGAUCUGAUACCCAAGCCAAUAACAUAUUUUGUAUUCAUAAUGUUUCAAGUUGUCAUUAAAUAAUCUGUAAUAACAA